CGGAGCGUGUCUGCGCGUCCGCACAGGAAACACAGAAGCUGCAAUUGUCCCUUGCAAGACGCAUGGCUUCAUUUGGGUAACUCUUUGAAUGGGAUGUAAAUGUGCAGGCGCAGCGGCCGUAUAUAUAAAAGCCUAGAGGAGCCGCGGACCAGCACUACCUGUUUCCUGACCGGAGCACGAGCAGCGGAGAUGCAGCCAAACGCAGCCAAACUAGCGCUUAUCCACAAGACACCUUUUUCUGUGGAGGAUAUUCUCGACCCCACGAAAUUCACGAGGAAAAUAAUCUGUGCUGAUGCUGCAGAGGUUGCUACAGGGCUUCCUUCUGCCAGAGUUGGACACACAGAGCAGAACCGUUCCCCCACGGGUGAAAGCUGCAGGCCAGAAGACGCGAGCCAGUGCGCAGACAGGGCGAAGAGCCGGCGCGUGCGCACUGCCUUCACCUUGGAGCAGCUGCAGAUCCUGGAACGCAGCUUCCAGCGGUGCCACUACCUGUCCGUGCUGGAGCGCCACGCCAUCGCCUCGUCCCUGCGCCUCUCCGAAACCCAGGUCAAGAUCUGGUUUCAGAACAGACGCACCAAGUGGAAGAAGGAGCGUGUGCAGGGGAAGGAGGCGGAGGAGGAGCGCGGCUUCGCAGCAUCCUUCUCCUCGGCGCACCCCGCUGUGCGCUCGUCCCUGAACUACGGGCCGCUCUGCUGCCAGCUGAUGGCGCCGCUGCCCCUGGUGCCCUUCUCUCGGUUUUACACAUGAUGCACGGUGCUCUGAGGGACUGAGCGCAUGGACCGAGCGCCAACACGUGCGGAGAAAACAUCCAGCAGAAUAUUAUGGCGCAACUCUCGAGGAGAGCUGCACGCGCCAAACAGGACUGAUUUCAAAAAUGAAAUGAUUAAGAAAUGCUAAACAUUUCUAAUGUAAUUACACAGUAACUUAUUUUGAUAAACGUUUUUAUUAAAGUUUUCUUGUUGGUUUUCUAUUAUUAGUAAAAAAAAAAUGUGAGUCUCUUUAAGUCCUUCACUAGUGUUAGAUUCGUUUUGGGCUUUUAAAUGUUAAAACAAUGAAACUGUUGCUGGACUGCUGCUUGUGCAGUGUUUUGAGAAGGAUGUACAGUAAAGAAUAAGAGAGAAAGGCCUGCUUUACAACAAAUAAAGCAUCUCGUAUGCAAAAAGAGCACAUGUGAUGCAAAUAUAAAGCUCAUCUGAGCUUCCUGAGUGAGAAACUGUAACAAAGAGACUAAGUGAAAAGACUGAUUGUCAGCAGUGGUUUGAGUUUGAAUGUUGGCCAAUGACAAAUUCAGCAUCAUUCAUAUAAUUAACUCACAAGUGGUUGUAAAACAAAAAACAAUUGUCCUCAGGCCACAGACAAGAUUAGAAACAAUGUGGAAUAAAACUCAGGAAGAGAAAAAGA